AUGAGGAUUGAAAAUUCUUUGGACGGUUCUUAGCUGGUCGAGUCGAGUUGUUUCAGUAUGGGAGUCAGCGCUGGUCGCGCAUUGAAAACCUUCACAGAUCCUGUUUCCUUUCAAAAGAGUCUUUCUGGUUUACAAAGAGUAUUGGGUUUAUUGGUGGAGUCAUCGUCGCUCCAGAUUGCUAUCUCAGAUGCGUCGAGAGUUAACUGUGCUCCUUUUGGCUUUUUGUACCGUCACAAUGCACAAGAUGACGCGAAGAUCCUUUCGAGGGCGUUUGAAUUUGCACAAGAACAUGAAACGGUGCCAUUCUUGGUAAGCGGUGCCGUAGUUGGUAUACGUUGCGAAAACAGUAGAGAAGCUAAAGAAGAGGCUUUAAGUGUCCGAAACUAUGUCGAAGAACUACUGGAUAACGAAAAAGGGGGUCAAUUCUCAUCAAUCUUGUACAUAAACCAGGCAGCUGCACUGAAACAGGCGAUUCUGCGAAAAGAGGACUAUCUACGAGCUAGAAAGAAGAUAGUUCAAAGAUUGCUAGCAAAUAGACCUCCAGGAGCAAGGCUGCCACCUGAUCCUAACGAAAUGAAAGAACCUGCAGAGAUUAUUACGUUGACAGCGGUCGAUAUCUUACAAUACGGUCUAAGCAAACCCUUAUAAAGUUUUUCAUUUGCCCAUAAUAGAAACUAUUGCUCCUUAAAAGGCUCUUAACAAUUCAUUGCGCUGUUUUUCAAGUAAACGGGCAAAUUCGCUU